AUGGCCGUCCUCGGGAAGCGCAAGGCCCCGGAGCCGAUAAUCUCGACAGAAGACGCACAGGAAAUCUUCCGACGCCACUUUGAAGCACAGUUCCUUCCGCUGCCGGAGGCAGAGCGCAAGGCGCGAGAGAAAGAGGAGGAGGACGACGAUAGCGAGGAUGGUAGCGAUGGCAGUGAGGAUGAAGGAGGCGAAUGGGGAGGAUUGUCAAACGACGAUGAGGGCUCCGACGACGAAGAUGAUGACGAUGACGAGCUAGACGAGGAUGAUGAUGACGACGAUUCUCCCACUGUCGAAGUCGUCGACCACUCCGGCUCCCAAGCCCCCAAAAUUAGCACAAUGUCCAAACGCGAACUCAAAGCCUUCAUGUCCUCCCGCCCGCCAGACCCAACCUCCACCUCCUCAUCAAAGCCAACCCCCCAGCCCUCCUCGAAAUCAUCAUCCUCCGCCCUCCCCGAAGACGCCCCCUCCCUCCUCGCGCAAGACCUCGAACUCCGCCGCCUCAUCGCAGAAUCCCACCUCCUCCAGACCAACAAGCCCACCUCCCUCUCCGCCAUCCUCUCCUCCUCCUCUUCAGCAGCGCAGUCCGAGCCAAAGGCUUUCGCCGCCGGCCGCGUCCGCCAGAAAGCGCUCGACCUCCGCAUCCAGGCCCUCGGGUCGAAAACGUCCAUCCUCAAGCAGGAGAAGAUGCCAAUGCACAUGCGCAAGGGCAUCAAUGCUGCUGCCGUGGAGAGGGAGACGAAGCGCAGGCGCGAGGCCAAGGAGAGCGGCGUCAUUCUAGAGCGGGAGACGGGCAAGAAGAAGAAGAGGGAGCGGAGGACCGGAGGAGGCGGCGGUGGGUUUGGACCGGCUGUCGGUAGGAUGAGGGGUGCUGAGCUGAGGAUAAGCGAGAGGGAUGUGAAGAAGAUUGAGGGGGCGAGAGAUACGUUUGGCAGGAAAGGCAAGCGAUGA